CAUGUCGGUGGAACUGGAAGAAGCCGAUCUGCCCCUGACCGAGGCGGAGGAGGCGCCGAUCUCCGCCGAGAAGAAAGCGGCCUCUAAGAAGACGAAAGCCGGCGGCUCCUCGUUAUCGCCGUCGAAGAAGAGAAAGAAUAACAAGAAGAAGAACCAGCCGGGCAAGUACAGCCAGCUGGUGGUGGAGACCAUCCGCAAGCUGGGCGAGCGCAACGGCUCCUCGCUGGCCAAGAUCUACAACGAGGCCAAGAAGGUGGCGUGGUUCGAUCAGCAGAACGGGCGCACCUACCUGAAGUACUCCAUCAAGGCGCUAGUGCAGAACGACACGCUGCUGCAGGUCAAGGGCACUGGCGCCAACGGCUCCUUCAAGCUCAACAGGAAGAAGCUGGAGGGCGGCGGGGACGGGGCCACG